AUGUUAAUACAGCAUACUUCGUGUAUCUCCGAAGCUGAAAAAUAUGAGAAGGCCUUGUACAAGGGUAAUAAGAAGAAGCCUGUUGCUAAGUCCGAACCUAUAAUAGACAAGAAGGAGACUAAGACAGAAAAGAAAACUACAAAGUCCAAGUCCGAAGAAAAGAAAACUAAGGCCGAGUCUAAAUCUUCUGCUUUGGAUAAGUAUGUCUCAAAGUCCGAUAGUCUUUACAAGAUUGCUAAGAAGAUAUCAAAGGAUAACUCUAAAGAUCUCAAGGAUGUGUUGAAACAAUUAAAAGUGGAAAAGUCUUCUGAUGGUUCCUAUGUCAUCACUUUAUAA